CUCACCUGAACUCUCAGUGGUCGAGGCAUUGCGGUGUUGGGAGGGUUGGACUCAGCUCUCUCUUUUUAUCUUUAAAUUCGUUUUCUUCGGUGUUCGGUUUCGGGUGAGGGCAGUACAGGGGCGAGACCGGACUCGGUACACAGGCAGUACCAAAAAGCGGCUUGUGGAUCGCAGUUCCCUGUGAUUUAGGAUUUUCUGGCCUCAAUAUGGCGAGCCACUAUGUUAUCAUGUACACAGCCACGGCGGGGGCCAACGGGCCUUUGCUGGGCACAGACGAAGAGGAUAUCGUGUUGAUGCAGUUCUUGGUGUGGGACGCCGUGUGCAGAAAGACUCUGACGGAGCAGCAGUACAUCGUGAGGCCGCCCACGGAAGACAUAAACGAAAAUGUGCUGGGCGAGCAGUGCCGCGAAGACUUCCGCCUGACAGAGGACCAGGUGAAGAACGGCCAGCCUCUCGAGAACGUCAUCGACUCGUUUGACGCCAUCCUGAGCAAGAUCGCUGAGAGCAACACGUCCCGUGUCGCCUUGGUGACGGACGGCCAGCUUCACCUGCGCCAGGUGCUGCACCCCAAGGCGCUCUCCAGGAACUUCACCUUGCCAGACUACUACAACUCUUUCUACGACCUGCGGAAGGAGUUCAAGUCCUUCUACCACUCGGAAGACAUGGCGAGCAUCCCGGAUAUGCUGAGCUUUCUGGCUAUGGAGGAAGACUCGGCGGAGGAGCUCGCCACUCGCACCGUCAGGGACAUGGGCAGGAUUCUCUCUCGAAUGGUCGCCGACGGACACAGAUUCGUGUUGCCAGAAUCCAUCAUGAUCAGACUAGAGCCCGGCAUCUGCUCGCGGACGGAGGAGGUGGACAGCGGGUGUGUGGUGCGGGCGAGAGGUCUUCCCUGGCAGAGCUCAGACCAAGACAUCGCCAAAUUCUUCAGGGGUCUCAACAUUGCAAAAGGUGGCGUGGCUCUGUGUCUCAGCCCCCAAGGUCGCAGGAACGGUGAAGCACUGAUUCGCUUUAUCUCUCCCGAGCACCGCGACAUGGCACUCAAGCGACACAAGCACCACAUCGGCAACCGCUACAUCGAGGUGUACAAAGCGACCGGCGAGGACUUCAUCAACGUCGCCGGCGGUGAGUACCUCGUGGCCUCCUCCCUCCCUCCCCCCUCAUCCUCUGAAGACUGCGGCACCCAAGGCUGUCGCUUUGUCGCUGAGGACUGGUAG